AUGAAUCGGAGAUGGAAGAUAGGAGAAGGCGACCACCGACCAACACUGGCUUCAUCGCAGGGUGAUAUUGUCGUGGAUUUGCGAGCAAUGAGGGCUGAGUUCGAAGCGCUCAGUGCGCCGCAACGACACUUCAUGUUGCGCGAUCUGCAGUACAAGAUGGAGGUCAUGCAAAAUAGCGUGGAGAAAGUCGAGAGAGCAGCAUAUGGUAUAUUAGUUCGUGGGAGUGAGAUGGCAUUGUUGCUCCGACUUCAUCGAGCACCGCCUAAAGUUUGCAGAGAGACUUCAUCGACUCAGACGACUUCCAAGUUUGAAGAUGACAGUUAUGAAAUUCCGUUCUUCGAGGAAGCUUCAAUGAAUGAGAACCAUCCUUCCUCUCGUAUGAGCUACUGA